AUGAAGUUGAUCAGGAGGCAUCUGGUAAGGGGAGCUCUGUUGAGCACAGUCUUUGGGGGGCUGCUACUACUGCUGGGGGGUCAGUUUGUAGAUUUUGGGACUCCUUCCUUGGAUCUGAUGCCGUUGGACUCCACAGAACUAGUUGAAAAUACUUUGAAUCUUUCUCUAAGGAAGUUUGAGUGGCAGGUUCAGACACCACAUCCCUUGCAGCUGAAGUACCCUUACUCCUACCCUUUUCUACUCAAUCACCCUGACAAGUGUGAGGGUCCCCGAGGUGCCCCCUUCCUGCUCAUGCUGGUGAUGACCCAACCCCAGGAUGUGGGGAGACGCCAAGCCAUCCGGGAAACUUGGGGCAAUGAGACUUUAGAACUAGGUGUGAUCAUCCGACGCCUUUUUGUUCUUGGUCUGCCCCCACCCCUGUUCACCAAGGAACUUCAUGAACUCCUCCAAGAAGAGGACAGGGAGCAUGGGGAUCUCCUCCAGGUGGGCUUCCUGGAUACCUAUCGCAACUUGACUCUCAAGGUCCUCAUGGGUCUGGAGUGGAUGGCCCAGUACUGUCCCGAUGCCCGCUAUGUGCUCAAGGUGGACAGUGAUGUCUUUCUAAACCCCAGCUUUCUGGUACAGCAGGUGCUUCAGCCCAAUGGACCUCCACGGCCUGACUUUAUCACAGGUUACAUCUAUAGAAAUAAAGGACCUAUUCGGAGUCCAGAUCACAAGUGGUACAUGCCUCCAGAAUUGUACUUGCAGGACAUAUAUCCCCCCUUCUGUGGAGGUCCUGGCUAUGUUCUGUCUGGAUCCUUAGCCCUCAGGAUUCUGGCUCUAGCCCAAACUCUCAAGGUCAUCUCUUUAGAGGAUGUCUUUGUGGGCUUGUGCCUACAGCAGCUCGGGGUGAAGCCCACUCCUCCUCCCCCUGGAUCCUUUCUGGUGUUUCGAAUUGCAUAUGAACACUGUGUCUACCACCAACUUGCCCUUGUUCAUGGAUUCCAGCCCCAGGAGCUGCUGCAAAUUUGGCAAGACUUCCAGACAGCCAAUAAAAUCUGCCCCAUGGCAUGA